UGUAAACAUGGUGUCAACAUGACUCUGUCAUCGUUUAGCCGUUUCAUCACGUUCAUUCAAAAUUACAUGUGUGUAUGUUUCAGUUUCGUCCACAUUUAACAAAAGCUAUUUUAAUUAAAACAAAAAUAACUCAUAUUGGCCACCUAAGAGGAAAAUGUAUUUUCGAAAUGAGUCGGAGGAUUGGUUAAAAAAAUAAGAGAAAAAGGGAAUGGUUUACCUUUUGACCAAUUGGGGCAUGGGAGAAAAUGACACAGGUAAAAAAAAAUGUGCCAUACCCGCUAGUACAAGUACACCUUUUAGACGUCCAGAACAAAAUGGCUGUAACAACGAAGUUGACUUGUUUCCUUUAAAUAACCAGGUUGGUGGUCAUACAAGACUGAUGGUUUUGAAUCCCAGCACGAUAGUGAAGCCACUGAAUUAUCGAGAAUUAGAUUUCUAUCAAAACAUACAGGAACAGGAUAUUAAAAAUUUCGUACCAAAAUAUAAAGGAGUAAUGCAGGCGACACUGUGUAACGGAUCAAAAAUAGAAAAAAGGUACAGCCCCAGUUUUCGUGAUGAACACAACAAAACUAAAUCAGACAGAAAAAGGAAGAGAGAAGUUUAUAAAAUGAGAGUUCAUCACACUGGUAAUCCAAAAGACGUCCUAAAAAGCAUUUCACAAACAGACAAUACCAAUAAGCAAUAUUUUCUAAUGCUCGAAAACAUUACCUCACAGUAUUCACACCCGUGCAUUUUAGAUCUAAAAAUGGGCACCAGGCAACAUGGAGACGACGCGUCUGCUGAUAAAAGAAGGAAACAGAUAGCAAAGUGUGCUGCGAGUACCUCGGGCAGUCUAGGUGUCCGGUUAUGCGGUAUGCAAGUAUAUGAUACAGAAAGAGACUGCUACAAUAAAAGAGACAAAUAUUGGGGACGAGAAUUAAAUGAAGAUGGUUUUAAACAUGCUCUUUGUAGGUUCUUUGAUAACGGUUAUGGAAUCCGAAAAUCAAUCGUUAGAAAAGUUGUUUCAAAAUUACAAAAACUACAAAGGGUAAUAGAGAAACAAAGUUGUUACAGGUUUUAUUCAUGUUCUCUGUUAAUAGUAUAUGAAGGAAGUAAUGAACAACCUGUAACAAGUGAAGAAUCUUUCUAUUCCAAAGUACUAAAAGCUUGUUGUGAUGAUGAUUUUACUCCAGAAAAUCUGAGAGAAGUUCAUUAUUGUUAUGAUGCCGAUACUUCCAAUUCAUCAGACUUCAACUCUGCCCAGGAAGAUGUUUCUCAAGAUGCUCUCCACAGAAGUUUUGGAGAAGCGGCAGCUAGAGGAGCAAAUUCGUCUACCUUCUUUCCCAUAUCCGAAGAAACUGUGUUCUUAAAUUCCUCCCCGUCUUCCAGUAUUACCCCUUCUAGUCCUAUAGACAGUUGGAUGUUGUACUCCAAUAACAGUAGCAGCGGCGAAUAUACCUUACCUGAUCAAUCUAACAGUUCUAGCAGUUCAAAUGAGGAAAAUUCCGAAUCUGAAAUGCCAACUCCGAAGCGCAAUUGUAAGAUGCAGUUUGUUAAAGAGUUGGUAGAAGAAGAGGAAGAAAUACUUACCGUUCCAAAGAGGAUAUUCGUUGAAGAAUGUGCUCAUUCUCCUUGUUCUGAUUUAGCAUCGGACGUAGACGUAAGAAUAAUUGAUUUUGCACAUACAACGUUCGCUAGAAACAGUGACUUGGUUUCAAAAACUGUUCACCAGGGACCGGAUGGUGGAUUUUUAACUGGAUUGGAUAGUCUUCAACGGCUGCUAUCACAAAUUGUAGACGCGGAAAAUUGAUAACAAUUCAUUUGUAGGUAGUUCAGAUUAUUUAAAUGAAAUAAAUUAUUUUUCCAAUUAGACGGAUUGCUAUUUUUCAGAGUAGGUUGGUAAAAUUUAAAGAGAAACAGGUCUGUUUCAAGGUUACAGUUAAUUGCAUCAAACUGAAUUUUUUUGGAUUAAAAUGGGUAGAAAUGUUUGUGUUAUACUUGUAUGAUAUACUUUAUGUGAGAAACUUUUUUAUUAUUAGUUUUAUGAAAAAAGUUAUUCUUCAUAAAAAGUUCUGCAUGGUCUAAAACUAAAAAUUCAGUCAUUAUAUAUCAUAUUUUUUCAGCCGUGAUCGAGGUUUGUCGAAAAAUAUGAAUUUUAUGUAAGCGUAAAAGUACCUUUUAUUUUUAACAAUAAAGAAAAUUAUUGUUAAGAAAAGUUGAUUAGAAUUGAAAACUACGGUCAGAAAUUCAAUAUCAUUUUAUCUAUCGGGAAAAAACAUUUUUAUGAUUUGUAAAUUUAAAUGUAUAACUCGUCUUUAUGCCAAAAAGAAUUAAUAAUUGUUUUGUCAUAGAGUGAUAAUAUUAGAUAUAUGGCCAUUGGUUUUAAUUUUGAUCAACUUUUCUUAAUAACAAUUUUCGGUAUUGUUAAUAAUAAAGGUACUCUUGCCCAAAAUUCAUAUUUUUUUAUGGACCUCGUACAUGACUGAUGGUUGAAUUUUUUGAUUUUAGACCAUGCAGAACUUUUUUGUUUUCCAUAAAACUAAUAAUUAAAAAGUUUUCAAUAUAUAGUGCCUACUUAAGUACAUAUAAGUAAUUCUUUACUGACCCUACACUGUGCACUAUAAUGUCUAUAAUACAUACAAAUAUAUUUUUAUACCUUUUUUAGUCAACACAUUUUCACAGAAUUAAUAACUUUUGAAGGGGGAUUUGGGUAAUUCAUUUUAAAAAAUUGUCUAGAUAAAAUAGUUUAUGAUCCAUCCUUAGAACAUCAUUAAGUACCUCCUAUAUGAUUAUUAUUUUAUUGCAAAAUUAAAUUGCGAAAUGUAUAUUUUCAAAAUAGAUGCUACUUUAAACAAAUAUUGAGAAUUUGAACGAAACAUGGUCAACGCAUAUUGUUUUUCUCUUACUGUUUACUAUGUUGUUUUAAUCAAAACUCCUCCCUUUUUUGUAACACUUUCCAAGUAAGUAAAUUCAUCAUGAAAUGUAUUAAAGAAACAAAAGAUUACAACCAAAAAAAUUAGAGAUUACAACAUUUCGCUGUCCCAGUUCAAAAGUGUAACAUCUCCAAAUCAGCCAUUUUGAGACAAAUUACUUUAAAGAUUUUUCUUUAGUAAUUUGUAAAAUUUUUCUUUACUAAUUUGUAAUUUAUUAUUAAAAUGAAUAUUUUAAGAUAUAGUGUGAAUUAUUGUAAUAGAUCUUACCUUUCUUGCUAAGAAUACAUUCUUAUCUCAAACCCCAAUAUUUUUGAGAUGUUAUAGUUUUGAACUGGGACAGCGAUUUAACAUUCAAUUUUAUCAAAGUUCAACCAUGAUUACGUUCAUUGUCUCAAGGAGCGAUAACUGAUUUGUUUAGAGCGAAAAGUAAUACUUUUCAGCAUACUUACAUAAAUAAUUCUUUAUGAACUUGGGAGUUCUGUUAAAAAUGCCAUAAUUAUAGAUGUGUGAUUCUGUAUUUUUAUAUGGUGUGUCGCUAGAAGUCUGCAACAAGAAAAUACGAAAAACUAUUAUCCAGUUGCUACAAAGAAAAUUAAAAUACAAUGUGCCGGUAAAUAUUGAAUUUAAACCAACAAUUUUAUAUAUACAAAUAGUUUUUUAGGUUUAAAUCAUGAACCAAGUUUUAUCAAGCAUAACAUUUUUUUGAGAAAUCAACACACUUAUGGUGCAGACUUAUUGCGACACCCUGUAUAUUGCAUAUCUCUAUGAAAAAGUCAAGAUCAUUCAUUCCACUUAGCCCUUACACUAACAAGCUUGUGUACCUAGCAAAACAAUAUUUUUUAAUGAAGUAUUAAAAAAUCGGUAAAGUAUUUUACCCCCAGAACUUUCCUCGAUAUAGAAAUUGCAAAAACAGGGAAUUCCUGUUUUAACAAUUUAACAUUAAAAUCACGAAACCAAAAACCCUUUUUCACAUUCAUCUCUCCAUUGAUCUUCCUCUUGAUCCCACCCGAAAUGUCACUUCGCGUCCGCUCGAACGUUAUUGAACGAUAAUGAAUGGCUGCUUUUAUAAUGAAUGCUUUUUAUCAUUUUCAUUCAAGGGGGGCCUUUUUUAAAUAAAUGCGAUUUCUUUCACCGCCAUUUUUAAUUUUUAGAAUCUUAUUUAGGAUCUGUUAUCUUUGACUUAUAAAAUUCUCAGAUACCAAUUUAAGUCAAAAUCUGCCUACUUUUAAAAAUAAAUUAUUUGUUUAAAAUUGCUCACCUUGUAUAUUUAAAACAACUAUACAAGAUCGUACAUAACUUGAUUAAACGUUAAAACCGCGAUUCAAUACAAAAAACACUCUGCCUUCGCGACCAAGAUAAGCGACGUUGAAAAGUUCCAUUUGUUAAACUCCAAUAAUAGAUCACAUACAUUUGUGACAGAUCCCGUAGCAUCCCAUACAGCACAAACACAUUUCGGAAAUAUUUCAACAAUGUUACAUUGAAACAUCUGCAAUGUUGCAUAAAUAUCACGAAACAUCCUGGAAACAUUUCUGAAAAAUGUCCUCUAAAUAUAUUAUUUCACAGUAAUAUUUCUGAAAUGAAAGUUAUAAAUCUUUUAGAAAUAUUAAAUAGUAAUAUUUCAGAAAUGUAUUCUAGUUUUUUUUUUGUAAUAUAUUAUUAGAAUAAAAAAAAAGACAUUUAAAAAUAUACUUGUUUAUUUAAAAUACACAAAACUCAAACACUGAUUCUUAAACAAACAAAUAAAUAUGUUUUAAAGAAUAUUUCAUAAAAUAUAGAACCGAAUUUCCACCAAUUCCUUUAAAUGCACUAAUCGGAAACAAAAUAUAGGUAAUUAAAAAGGAUUUAUACAAAUUAUUUGAUUAACAAUAGUUUUAUUAAUAUUGUUUUAAAUUAACUAUAAUAAAACAAUACUCAUGUCUAAACAAAACAUGAAGAUCCACCUAAGCAAGCGUUAUUUAUGUAGUUCUCACCUUAUUUUCUAAAUUAUUUUAGAAAUAUUUCAGAAACUUGUGCUUGAAAUGUUAUAUGUUUGAAAUAUUUCUGAAACACUUCUGAAAUAAUAUGGGAUAGUAACGCUCUAUAUUCAGAGAGCACAUAUAUCGUAUAUUUAUGUAAAUAGCAAGUAUAACGUGACAGUAUAUUGGUUUAAAAACAUUGUUCCCUUGCUUCAAAAAUGAUUUUCUACACAAGUAUAACACAUUAUGCUGUACACUAAAUUAAAACAAAAUAGAGAACAAAAAAACUUAACUAUUGGCAAUCCAAACUAAGCGAUACUCCCUCUGGGGUUACAUUUUAUAACAUAUUGUGUAAAUAGGGAACUGUUGUUAUUAAAAUUGGAACAAAUCUACAUUGAAGUAGAAUAAAGACGAUGCUGAAAGUGUUCGCAUUUUUUCAAUACACUUUUACUUUAUAUGACACCUUGAGCUAGUGGAAAUAGUCAGUUUUGGUGAGAUAAACGCCAUUUUUUUUUAAAUGGCUUCAUUUAAAUUAUAUAAAAACAUUUUCAUUCCGUCAAUCUUGAAAUAUAAAAUUAAUUCUUUCAAAUUAAUCAAAAUACGACUCGUAAUUGGCCAUUUUAAUUACACUUUUCCGUCACUCGAAGUUCGUCCAUCUGUCGUAUCGCAAAAUAGUGUUUAUGUCGUCUCUACUUCAUUCUAUCUCUAUACAAAUCUAUGAUUAUUUUAUUAAAGUGGAACUCUAACCUAUAAUUCUCAAUGUCAUAAUUGCAGUGAGAAAAGUAUUAGCUGUAACCGUUAUACGGAAAUUUUGACACUAGGAAUAAUGUCUAUAAAUGAUACUUUUCCUAUCAGUCAAAAUUAUAUUACGUCUCUUUCCCCGGACAAGCUCAGCUUUUGGGGUUAAAAUUCACUCGUAAGGGGGUGAAUUAGAGAGAGUAUAAUUAUUAAAUAAAUUAAUUGGUAUCACAACACUGUGGUGUUUUACCUACGGGAAAAUUAGUUCGAAUCGCGAAUCAGUUCAAUAUUUAACAACUGACGCUGACAAGCCCUAAAACUUAAAUAAACAGCUGAUACAAUGCAACUAGAUGUGGGUUGUUUAAAAUUUUAUACUAUUUUUAUAAUUUUAUUUUGUUUUUAAUUCAAUAUAAGUGAAGUAAAUGCAUUUUUCUACUCAUAUUCUUUAAUUUAUUUAUUAGACAUUCAUUACCUGUACAUGCCCUUAAGAUACAGAUCUUCAUUAAGAUACAAGUUUACAGCCAAUAAAAAUGCAAUAUCACAGCAAAAUUUGGUAAAAAUCAUAUAUGCCAUGAACAUCUGACAGAUCUAAAAUUUAUCACUUUGGCCUUUUAUUGUCAGAUUUAAGUUAGUAAAAAUCCUGAAAAUUAUAAAAUCGGCAAAAAUGUAUAGUGACAAUAAUGAACUAGAUAAUCUAACUCGACCAGAAAUUGUGGAACAGGCCAUAAAAGCCACAAAUUACUACCAUCAAAAUCCACAAAAGUAUAUGAAACAUUUAUUGUCAAUUCAUGGAUUGGAGGGACAAGAGAAAUGCAAAUAGUAUGAGAGCUCACUGCAAAUUUCGACCGUCAUCUGAACGAAAUGAAAUAUGCUCCAAUGGCAUGUUACAACAUUGUACUUUACCAAAUUGCACCUGUGCCAAUCCCUAUCCUGAGCAAAGUGGUUAAAAAAAAUAUUUUAUAUUCAAAAAAUCACAUAAAACAUGACAGCGACAAUUAUGUUUUCCCUGAAAAUUACAACCCUAAUUCAUUGUGAACCUAGCUUUUGAACCUGAGUUAUUAAUAUUUUUACCUACCUUUUAAACCAUGUUUAUGUAUGAAAGGAAGAAGGAUGGCAUUGUAUAAACCAUUUGCAGAGAUAGUCAAUAAUAUUUAUAAACUCUUGUUAGACAAUUAUUUUAAACCAUAAUCAUAGUAGUUUUUUUGUCGUUUCUAUGGCAGCCUGUAAAAAUGAAUCACAACAAUAGGCAUACAAAUAAAUUUUUAAAUCAGCAAACAUUGAUUCAUAUUUUUAAUGAUAUUUACCUACUAAUCGUGGAUAGAUGUUUUUGUGCGAUGUUAAGAGGAAGAAAAUGUUUCCUUUUAACGAUAUAUGUCAAGAUAUAUUUGAAUGUUAUUUUUUAGAAAACUUUACAAAAUUAGCGCUGUCAUGCCUUAUGUGAUUUUUUUAAUAUAAAAUAAUUUUUUUAAGCCACUUUACUCAGGUUUGGGAUUGGCACAGGUGCCAUUUGGUAAAGUACAAUGUUUUUCCAGGUUUUUGGGGUAUAUUUCAUUUCGUUAUCAGAUGACGGUAAAAAUUUGCAGUGGGCUCUUGGGCUAAAACACGUAGGUAAUCAAAUUUUGAAUUCGAUUGAAUAUAGCCAAACCAACAAUUCAAUAAAUAUUAUUUCAUCAAUAUCAACAACGGCAUUAACCAAUAUUGUUACAAAACUGCCUUCUGUACCACAGUUGCAUUUUAAUAACUGUAUUAUCAAAAAUAUAACCAUAAAUCAAAAAUAGUAUCGAAAUGAAUAAGUCUAAUACUUCCUUUAUUUGUUAAAUUUUGAUUUCUAUGGUUGUUUGUGAUAAAGUUUUGAUGUUUAUUUAGUUCUUCCUCUAUAAGUUUAAUAAAUUUUGAAAAUAAAUUACUUAUUUUUCUUCAUUAUAAUUUAAUGGUAGAAAAAAUAGUGUAUGCAACUCACAUUUAAUGGCUAUUAAGACACUCGUAUUCAUUACGACACUCGCUAAGGCUCGUGUCGUAAUUCUCAUACUCGUGUCUUAAUAGCUAUCAUUAAAUGCUCGUUGCAAUAUACUAUUAACAAGAAUCCUUUUAUAUUAUUAGUAAUAAUUACAAGCUACCAAAAUAAUAUAUAGAUUCGAGGGACGCGCAGGACUUUAAUGGGUUUUAUAAGAUUGAAAUUUUGCCUGGAUUACAAAAAAAAUGCCAAUUUAGAUCGAAAGAGUCGCAGUUUUUCUCAAUUUCCAAAAUAAAAGUUUCAUAUGACGUUAAAACAAAUGCCGGUUGACUGUUAUUAGAUUAUUUUAAAUGAUCACAGACCUAAUAUAGUAACUAGACAAAUAUAAUUCGCCGAUGUAACUUACAAUGCAGGAUUAUUACUAUUAGCUUCAAAUGGUGGCAUAUGGGAAAACUCACA